AUGGGUUUUAGUUUCUUUGAUGGACACGUGCCACACAAAAUACUUCCUGUAUAUGCCACUAAAGAUCCUGCUUUAGUUCCAAGACUGUCUGGUUGCUUGAUGAACAAGCAAAUGGCCGACAGAACCUGUACACAAACUUCAGAAUAUGGAGACAGCGCUGAUGGGAAACCUCCAUCUGUCACCCGGUGUAAUAAAGGAACAGACCCGUAUGUGCAUGAUCACAUGAAGACUGAGGACAAAAUUCCUAUAAAUACUGCGGAAGAGCUCCUCGAGGAAAAUUCAGACGUGUUAUUAAAUGUGAAGGUGGAAGAUGAGGAAGAGAAUAGUGAUGAAAUCACAAGUUUGAAUGCGAAUUUAGAUGAUAAUCAGUGUACCGAUGAAGACAAAUCUGAUAUGUUAACAUUUGAAAUAAGAAAAGAUAUGUACUCAAGGAGUCGCACGCAAUCUCCUGAACAUGACAUAUGUGACAGCAGCAGCACAGGUGAUAUUUCAGAAGAUUGUCAGAAGACCAAUCAUACAACAAGCAAAAGUAUUAAGACAUCUUUUUCUGUUAUGGCCACAGAAUUUGCAGAGACUCACGUAGACCAGAUUUGUCAUAAACAAGCCAAGGCGAAAGGAACACGGAACUCCAAAACAAUGAGUUAUAAUUCCAGUACUUUAAUAUGCUCUGUAUGUGGGAAAUGUUUUAAUCACAGCUCAAAAUUUACUACACACCAAGUAGAACAAACAGUUGCGUGUUCUGCAUGUAGCAAAUAUUUUAUUGGAAAAACAGAUUUUUUAAAGCAAAAGAGAAGUGACAAAACAGACCGACCUUUUGCCUGCUCUGAAUGUGAGAAAUGUUUUUCUAAAAACUCACAACUUGUUCUACAUAUGAGAAAGCAUACCGGGGAAAAACCAUUUUCUUGUUCUGAAUGUGGGAAAUGUUUUGCUAAAAACUCAGUUCUUGCUAUGCAUAAAAGAACACAUACUGCAGAGAAACCCUUUUCUUGUUUGGAUUGUGGGAAAUGUUUUGCUAGGAAUUCAGAUCUUGUCAAACAUACCAGAGUUCACACUGGUCUGAAACCAUUUGCUUGUGCGAAUUGUGGAAAAUGUUUCAGUAGUAACUCCAAUCUUGCGAGACAUCAACUUAUACACACAGGAGAAAAGCCGUUUGAAUGUCCUAUAUGUGGAAAAUGUUUUGGUAGAAACUCAGAACUUGUUUUACAUAAAAGAAUGCACACGGGAGAAAAACCGUAUUCAUGCUCACAGUGUGAGAAAUGCUUUAGUAAUAGUUCAAAUCUUGCUAAACAUCAGUCAAUGCAUACAGGUGAAAAACCGUUCUCAUGUUCUGAAUGUGGCAAAUGCUUUGCUAGAAAUUCAGAUCUUGGCCAACAUAUGAGAACUCACACGGGCGAGAAACCAUAUGCUUGUGCUGUGUGCGGCAAGUGUUUUGCAAGAAACUCCGAUCUGUUUAAACAUAAGAGAAUUCACACGGGAGAGAGACCCUUUGUGUGUUCGGUUUGUGGGAAAUGUUUUAGUCGAAAAUCCAUUCUGGUUUUGCACAGAAAAACACACACAAAAGAAAAUACCACUGCAUGA